GAGGCUGAGCUUGGAGCCCAGAGUGACCCGCCUCUCUCAUGGUCCCGGCCCACUGCCCUGCAGAGCCCGCCUUACUCUUCCUCUCCACAGGUCUGCUGGCCGCGGCGGGCCUUGGCUCCCCCAAGCCUGCUAGGCCUACAAGGAGCUGCAUCCAGGAGGAGCCGCCGCCCGGGAACAAGCUGCCCGCGGGCUCUGGGGACAACCACCCGUCCGAUGAGCUCGGCUGAGCGUGCACGCAGUGUCGAAAUCAAGGACGCCUGGAUGCUUUUCAUGGCAGAGUGACAAAAGUUUAACAAGAAGAGGAGCAGGGCUGCUGAAAGGUGCGGUGCGGCGGCGCCAGAAUGCAGGAUCCUGAGCCCUGCAUGUGAGUCUUCGCGGGGCCGAUCGCUGCGAGCCUCGCUUAGGUCCAGCCGCCUCCAGGGAGGGCAACAUCCACGAGACGCGGGGAGUGAGGGCGGUGCUGGCCGCACCCCUGGUCCUGGGGCCGCGGGAGCCGUGCUAGCAGGCCGCCUUCCACUGCCGCCUACGCCGGGUCGGGUUGCUGCAGCGGUGCCCGCUGCAGGAGCUCCGCGCCUGCUGCUUCUCCGACGUCAGGGCGCCGCCAGGAUGACAGGUGCAGGAGGCUGCGGCUGUGGGCAGAUGUGGUUUCCAGCCCCAGGUCCCGGCGGCCCCUGGCUUCCCAGCCCGCUGUCUUGUGGGCAAGAAGAUGAAGAAAGUCACCCCAUCAGCAGGUCAGCUGCCCCGCCUUGCAGCCCAGCCAGACAAGGCAACCGGAGUUCAUCCUGUCUGAGUUGACUUUGUGCGGGCAGCGGGCCGGCGCCCAGGAUGCUGGGGAGCCCUGCGCGCCGGAGGCCGACAAGCCGUGGGGCCCAGAGGCGCCAUAGGGCGAGAAGGCACCCGCCUCCCAGCGCUUUCACCCCCUGGCCCGCCCGACCCGCUAGGUGUCGCAAUGGCUGAGGCCAAGCCAGGCAUCCUGCCCGGCGGCGGCUGCACAGGGGCGAAAACUGAGAAUCCCUGCUCAACCCCAUCUGGGGUGACUGCCAAGUGCCCAUGCCAGCGACCCCGAUCCCCCUCCGGUGGAAGAGUGGGCGGGAGGCACGGCCUGGGGGCCCUCAGGCUGGGCGCGCUGGCGAUCCGGAGGCCUACCAGGCCAUGCACCUCCAGCCCGCCUGGGCACCCAAGCUGCAGCCGUCUUCUGUGUGCAGGCAGCAGCCUCCAGGCAACCCCCGAGCCCGUCAGCACUCCCCACAUCUCAGAACCGGGGCCAGAUGUCCCUGUGGCUGCGGCUAAGCUAGGUGGUCUUCCCUGCGGCGGGAACCGGCUCUCAGCCCCAUUCCCCGUGGCUGCAGAGGGCCACUGGCUACAGGUCCCGAGCUUCAGCAGAGGAGGAGCCGAGCGGGGGCAGGGCCUGGCGGGCUCUCAGGCCAGGUGCACUCGCGAUCCAGAGGCCGCCCAGGCCGUGCUCCACCACCUGGGCGACCAAGCUGCAGGCGCCCUCUACCUGCUGGCGACAGCUGCCUGGCAACUUCCAAGAUGGCUGGCGCUCCCAGCCUGGCAGAACCGGGGCUACAUGUCGCCCUGGCUGCGGCCAAGCCAGGCGGUCUGCCCGGCGGCGGCUGCACCGGGACAGGAACCGAUCCCCAGUCCCAUCCCCGGUGGCUGCGGUGGGCCCCUGUCAGCGGCCCCGAUCUCUCUUCGGAGGAGGAGCGGGUCGGGAGUCAGGGCCAGGCAGGCUCUCAGGCCGGAAGGGAUGCAUUCCUGGGAUUCCGGAACGUCCCGCUCGAGCCCAGGAGAACCCGCAAGCCAGCGACGCCUGCGCCCGAGCUGCAGCCGCCCCCUGCCGGCCACGAGGGCUUGGGAGCGGCUUCCGGAGUCCCGGCUGGCGCUGAGUUGUAGGCGCGCGCCUCACUGGCAUCGCGGAGACUCACGCGGUCUGAGGUCGGAGCGCUGAGGUUCAGGCGCGCGCCUAACUGGCAUCGCGGGGACUCACGCGGUCUGAGAGGUCGGAGCGCUGAGGUUCAGGCGCGCGCCUCACUGGCAUCGCGGGGACUCACGCGGUCUGAGGUCGGAGCGCUGAGGUUCAGGCGCGCGCCUCACUGGCAUCGCGGGGACUCACGCGGUCUGAGAGGUCGGAGCGCUGAGGUUCAGGCGCGCGCCUAACGGCUUGACUGGGCUCACUCGGUCUGAGAGGUCGGAGGCUGCGAGUGUCGCUGCUGAAGGCUGUGGUGGACCGGGCUGGAUCGCGGAUUCUGAGCUACAUUGCGGGUUUGGGGGUGGAUCUGGGAUUUGGGGGUGGAUCGCGGGUUGCGGGGGGGAUCGCGGAUUUGGAGCUGGGUGGGGGUGGAAAGGCCACGAGGAGCCGCCGCGGCUCAGGAGCGGGUGGUGGGCGUCUGAGAAGUCGCCACCAUGAUGAAGCUCUUUAGCUUCGGGAGACGCCUGGGCCAGGCGCUCCUGAGCUCCACGGACCAAGAGUACUCCGGUGGGAAGUACCACAUUCGGGACUGGGAACUGCGGAAGAUCCACAGGGCUGCCAUCAAGGGCGACGCCGCGGAGGUGGAGCGCUGCCUGAUGCGCAGGUUCCAGGACUUGGACGCCCGUGACAGAAGGGACAGGACUGUUCUACAUUUGGCCUGUGCCUAUGGCCGUGUGGAAGUGGUCACCCUCUUGCUGGAAAGACAAUGCCAGAUCGACAUCUGUGACAGACUCAGCAGGACACCUUUAAUGAAGGCUGUACACUGCCAGGAAGAGGCUUGUGCCAUUAUUCUCCUGGAACAUGGCGCCAAUCCAAACAUUAAGGAUAUCUACGGCAACACUGCUCUCCAUUAUGCCGUGUAUAAUAAGGGGACUUCACUGGCAGAAAAACUGCUUUCCCACCAUGCAAAUAUUGAAGCACUGAAUGAGGAGGGAAACACUCCACUUUUGUUUGCUAUAAAUUCCAGGAGACAGCAUAUGGUGGAAUUUUUAUUGAAGAACCAGGCAAAUAUACAUGCCGUUGACAAUUUCAAAAGAACAGCCCUCAUACUUGCAGUAUGGCAUAACUUGUCAAGUAUCGUCAGCCUCCUCCUUCAACAAAAUAUACCUAUCUCUUCUCAAGACAUGUCUGGCCAAACUGCCGAGGAUUAUGCUGUUUGUUGUGAUUUGAGAAGCAUCCAACAACAAAUUUUGGAACAUAAAAAUAAGAUACUUAAAGAUCAUCUUCGAAACGACAAUCAAGAAGCAGCAGCCACGAAGAAUGAAAGUUUUAAAACACAAGGAGCAAGUUCAAAAGCAGAACAUGACUUAAAAGUGGCUUCAGAGGAAAAGCAAGAAAUGCUUGAAAGAAGUGAAAAUAAACAGCCACAGGAUUCUCAAAGUUAUGGAAAAAAGGAUGCAAUGUAUGGAAAUUACAUGUUGAAGAGAGACAUUGCCAUGCUCAAACAGGAAUUAUACGCAAUAAAAAAUGACAGUCUCAGAAAGGAAGAGAAAUAUAUUCAGGAAAUUAAAAGUAUUACAGAAAUAAAUGCUAACUUUGAAAAGAGUACAAGACUCAAUGAAGAAAUGAUAACAAAAAAAAUGGCCCAGUAUUCGCAACAGCUUAAUGAUCUGAAAGCUGAGAAUGCAAGGCUGAAUUCAAAAUUGGAGAAGGAAAAACACAAGAAAGAAAGACUAGAAGCUGAAGUUGAAUCCCUCCAGUCUAGCCUGGCCACUGCUAUUAAUAAUUACAAUGAAAUUUUGGAAAGAAAAAACCUAGAACUAGUUUUAUGGAAAGCAGAUGAUGUUUCUAGACAUGAAAAAAUGGGUUCUAAUAUUUCUCAACUAACAGAUAAGAAUGAGUUUCUUACUGAACAGCUCCAUAAAGCUCGGGUGAAGUUCAAUACCUUAAAAGGUAAGCUCCGUGAGACAAGAGAUGGUCUCAGGGAAAAGACAUUGGCUUUAGAAAGUGUACAGGUGGACCUAAAGCAAGCGCAGCAUCAAAUAAAGGAAAUGAAGCAGAUGCAUCCAAAUGAGGAAGCUAAAGAGAGUCAAUCCAUUGGAAAGCAGAACUCUUUAGAGGAGAGAAUAAGUCAACAAGAACUUGAAAAUCCCUUGCUUGAACGACAACUAGAGGCUGCUCAUAAGGAAGGCAAUAACAAAGAGAUAGUCACUAAUAUCCAAGGAGACUGUCUUGAGAAUGGAAAGGAAGCUCUUCUUCCAGAAGAAAAAAAUAAGGAAUUAAUGAAUGAAUAUAAUUACUUAAAAGAAAAACUGUUUCAGUAUGAAAAAGAAGAAGCUGAAGGAAAAGUGAUUGUGAGACAACUUCAAGAAGAACUGGCCAAUCACCUUAAAAAAUUUUCUAUGGCAGAGUCUCCACUGGAAGGUACAUCACAUUGUCAUAUUAAUUUGGAUGAGACAUGGGCUUCAAAGAAGAAAUUAUUUCAAGUAGAAUGUCAAUCUGAAGAAAAACGUGAAGAAUUCAGAAAACUUUUUGAGUUAAUAUCAUCACUGGACUAUAAUGUGGAUCAAAUAAAAAAGGAAAAUCAUGAAUUAGAACAAGAGGCAACUGGGUACAAGAAAUGCCUAGAAAUGACAAUAAAUAUGUUAAAUGCAUUUGGAAAUGAAGACUUCAGUUGCCAUGGAGACUUAAAUACAGAUCAACUGAAAAUGGAUAUUCUGAUUAAGAAGCUAAAACAGAAGUUUGAUGAUCUUAUGGCCGAGAAGGAAGCUGUAUCUUCAAAAUGUGUCAAUUUGGCCAAAGACAAUGAAGUUCUUCAUCAGGAGUUAUUAUCUAUGAGAAAAGUACAAGAGAAAUGUGAAGAACUUGAGAAGGAUAAAAAGAUGUUGGAAGAAGAAGUAUUAAAUCUUAAGACACAUAUGGAAAAAGAUAUGGUAGAACUUGGUAAAGUACAAGAAUAUAAAUCGGAGCUGGAUGAAAGGGCAACGAAGGCAAUAGAAAAAUUAGAAGAAAUCCAUUUACAGGAAAAAGCAGAAUAUGAAAAACAAUUAGAGCAGUUAAACAAGGAUAAUACAGCUUCACUAAAAAAGAAGGAACUCACACUUAAAGAUGUGGAAUGUAAAUUCUCCAAAAUGAAAACUGCUUAUGAAGAGGUUACAACUGAAUUAGAAGAAUAUAAGGAAGCCUUUGCAGUAACAUUGAAAGCUAACAAUUCCAUGUCAAAAAAAUUAACGAAAUCGGAUAAGAAAAUAGCAGUGAUCAGCACCAAGCUCUUUAUGGAGAAACAGCGGAUGAAAUAUUUUCUCAGCACUCUUCGUACAAAGCCAGACCCAGAGUUACCUUGUGUUGAAAAUCUUAAUAGUAUAGGUCUUGACAGAAAAUAUAUUCCCAAAACGGCCAUAAGAAUUCCUACUUCAAACCCACAGACUUCAAAUAACUGCAAGAACUCCUUGAAUGAGAUGGAGCUGGACUGUGUAGAACAAAUAAUUACAGACACAAAGAAAACUUUUGCUGUGAUGGGCACUUGCUCCCGUCUACUUUCUUCUCUAGAAUCCGCUGCAGCCCGAGAAUGAGUAAUUUUUCUUAGAAGCAGAGUUGGAGCCACUGAGGAAGCACAGGCGAGCCCUUCCCAUCACGCGCUCACUAGUCCCCAACAGAAGAACCACUGCCACAUCCACUGAAGUACCAAGAAACUAGCAAAGGGCCUUCUAGCUGUCUGGGGACAGUCCUCAUGUGGUCCCUGGCUCAGCCUCAAGGGUUCUUGAUUUGUCUCCCUGCAGCCUCUGUGCUGUGUCUCUAGAUCAGGGCUCUGCAGGAAGGGCCCUGGGAGACCCAGCAGCACAGGGUGUCUUGUCUGCCAAAUGUCCCUCCCUUCUUCCCACUCUGACACUCAGGAAUAGGGAAGAUGGCAUGUCCAGGCAGAGCCAGGCUACCUCAUUGUCUCCUCUGAGAUGGGCCCAGAGGGCCUUGCGGGGCUCCCGUUGUGGUGGGUUGUGUCACCCCACGAUGUCACUCUUGCUGAGUUCCCAUCGCCUCUGUGUUUUGGAGCAGUUAGAGACACACAGCAGUCUCUGUGAGUGGCUCUGCAUGAAGGAUUGUUUUCUAGGUGAGAGGCACAUCUCAACAUAGCUGACUGAUCAGACUCAGCAAUUCCAUUCUGCAUCUCUUCUGGACACCCCCAGGACCACCAGGACAACCCCAUCAUGGCCCUGUCACCAGGCCAAGUCUGGCUCCAUGAUAACCAAGACGCAGGUCCAGAGACAACCGCCCUACUUGGUGCCUGCAUCUGACCCCCCUUGAAAUUGCCACAGCCACCUCACCUCCAGCAGCUUCCACCAUGAUGAGUCAGCAGCCACAACACUGAGGCAAGGCCACCGACCAGCAAAAAGAUCAUGACGUUAAAGGCUCAGAACCGGCCACCAGAAUCUUCCCUUCCCCUACAACGCCCUUCACCCAAGCCACCUGCAUUUUCCCCUCACCCAUCAUACCCCACCCCCAUUGUCUGGCCUGCCCUCCACCUCCUCCAAAAGCCUUCAUUGCUCCCCCACUGCUGGACUGCAUUCUGACUCCGUCUCAACGUGACUCAAUGGCACUUCCGUUGGGCACUGCCCUAAAGAGCUCAUCUCCACAGCGGCCUGAAACCAAACCCACAGUAUCUCUGAGCACUGUUCCCAAUAGCAAAGACAUGGAAUCAACCCAAAUGUCCACCAAUGAUAGACUGGAUAAAGAAAAUGUGGUACAUAUACACCAUGGAAUACUAUGCAGCCAUAAAAAGGAAUGAGAUCAAGUCCUUUGCAGGGACAUGGAUGAAGCUGGAAGCCAUUAUCCUCAGCAAACUAACACAGGAACAGAAAACCAAACACCACAUGUUCUCACUAACAAGUGGGAGCUGAACAAUGAGAACAUAUGGACACAGGGAGGGGAACAACACACCCUGGCACCUGUCAGGGGAGGGCCGGUGGUAGGGAGAGCAUCAGGAAAAAUAGCUAAUGCGUGCUGGGUUUAGUACCUAAGUGAUGGGUUGAUAGGUGCAGCAAACCACCAUGGUACACAUUUGCCUAUGUAAGAAAACUGCAUGUCCUGCACAUGUAUCCCGAAACUUAAAAUAAAUACAUAUGUACAUAAAUAAAAUUUU